AUGACCGUUCUGCAGGCACUCACCCUCUAUACUAUUUGUGGCAGAUUCAACGCUCAAGGCCCCGAAGUUAAGAGCUUAACCAGGCUUGCCAUAACAAUAGCAUUUGAAAUUGGACUGAACGACGAGAAUUUACGCAUAAAUAUCACGCCAUUUGAAGCUGAAAUGCGACGUCGAAUAUGGUGGCAAAUCUUCGUUCUUGACACUCGGAUAGCAGAAGACGACAUCUCAGAGCCAUGCAUCUUGGAGUCUCAGUUCCAAAACAAAUUUCCAUCGAGCAUCAGCGAUGCUGACCUCGACCAUGAUAUGAGUGAAAUACCAAAAGCCCAACCCGGCAAGAGUGAGAUGCUGUUCAGUCUGGUCAGACUCGAAACCAGCUAUUUCACACGCCUGGUACUUUUCUCGGAUCAAUUUACCGAAAAGAAUUCCUAUCCCACCAUUUCAACCUCCCAAGAGAAGUGUAAAGCAAUUGAUCGGUUCAAAGAACGCAUAGAGCUCGAAUACCUUUCGCAUUGCGACACUUCCAUCCCUCUGGAUUUUGUCACUGCUGAAUCUUGUCGUUUGAUCAUCGCAAAACUCAAGCUCACGGUAACCAAGCCACAAAACAGAGAAAGCCAACAGGUUCUUACUCAAGAGAGCUUUCGUGAAACUUGCACGGAGAUUCUCAAGCGAGCUAAAGAAUUUCGUCUCCAUGAGCGGAGCAAGCGGUGGUUAUGGAUAUUUCAGACCUACAUUGAAUGGGAUGCUCUGACUUAUCUGCUCAUCAGCUUAUCUAUUUCGCCGCUGGGGGAUGGAGUGGACACGGCAUGGACGGCUGCUGAAGAAGUUUUUCAAUAUUGGGACGUGAUUAGUGACUCUCGCGGAUGUUCACGCUGGAGUCGUAUCGUAGGCUUUCACACACAGGCUUUGACCGCGAGGGAAAUGGCUUUGAGCAAUCCCAGUGUAUUCAGGCCAUCAUCGAAUGGGGACGGCCAGCUUGAAGACUCUGAAUUGAUCGCAACAAACAAACCCGAACCAAUUCCAUCAGCUGACACUAUGGCUUCACUGCCAUUAUACCCAGCAUCUCAAGUGAUUGAGCGACUGGACUCCUCGGUGCAACCUCAAGGUUCUUUUAAUCGGACAAGCGAAGAUCAAAGUGCAGAAGCAGCUAGAGAGCCUUUAGGUAUUCCUAGCUCAGGCACAGCUUGUCAGUGGAGUGCUGCGCUCUUUGAGCAGUAUUUCGAUGUUCUAAAUUCAGAACAGCAUGACGCGCCAUGGUUUUGA